AAUAUUCAUGUUUUAGAUUGUUCAUAUAAGAAACUUAUUUUAUAAAUUUUCUUGUAUAGGAGUGGACACAGAAAACUCUUGAGAUUAGCAAGGAAUUCUCAGCAUGGGGAUUGUGGAUCUCUUCAUUACGGCAUCAAUUCCAGUGCUGAAGGUCCUAUUAGUUACGGCACUUGGGUCCUUUCUCGCAUUGGACCACAUUAAUAUUAUGGGAAAUGAUGCUAGGAAGCAUAUGAAUAGAGUUGCAUUCUUCGUAUUUUUUCCGGCUCUUGUGGCGUCAAACCUUGCCCAAACAAUAACAUAUGAAAGCAUGGUUAAGUUGUGGUUCCUUCCUAUGAAUAUUUUUAUGACAUAUCUCAUUGGUUCAGUGCUUGGAUGGUUGCUUUUAAAAAUCAGUAGACCUCCUUCCCAUUUAAGGGGCCUAAUCUUUGGUUGCUGUGCUGCAGGAAAUAUGGGGCCUAUGCUUAUCAUCAUCGUCCCAGCGGUCUGUAGAGAGAAAGGCAGCCCAUUUGGAGCUCCUGAUGUCUGCAGUACAUAUGGACUGUCUUAUGCUUCAAUUUCUAUGGCGAUUGGGGCCAUUUAUUUGUGGUCGUAUGUGUACAAUAUUGUGCGGGUAUAUUCAAGUAAGGACAUUGAAGGGAUUGAUGACUCUACAAGUAAAUCUAUAGAAGAAACUUCAAAGGUACUCAAUGGGAGUUGCACAGAACCACUACUGUCAAAGGAUUUACCAGUCUUGGAGAACCAUGCGGACCAUUUUACACUUCCAUGCACUUCAUUGGAUGCAAGAUUACAGGUUCCAAUUUCAGUUAAGUUUAGACAAUAUUUAAAGAUGCUUUCUGAAAAGAUCGACUUGAAGACAUUAUUGGCACCUUCUACCAUUGCAGCGAUUGUUGGGUUUGUUAUCGGAGUAGUCCCUCAAAUCCGAUGGCUAAUGAUUGGUGAAGGUGCUCCUCUUCGUGUCAUUGAAGAUUCAGCCUCUUUGCUUGGUGAGGGAGCCAUCCCAGCUAUCAUCUUGAUAAUGGGAGCAAACCUUCUUAGAGGUUUAAAGGGGUCAGAUAUUCAUGCAUCCCUUAUCGUUGGGAUCAUUGUAGUUCGUUAUAUUAUACUCCCAGUGUUGGGUAUCUUCAUUAUUAAGGGAGCAUUACAUUUUGGCCUGGUGCACCCAGAUCCAUUGUAUAUGUUUAUUCUUCAUCUUCAAUUUGCAGUCCCGCCAGCAAUGAACAUAGGAACAAUAACCCAAUUAUUCGGUUCUGGUGAGAGAGAAUGCUCUGUUAUUCUGCUAUGGGCCUAUGGAUUGGCUUCGGUUUCACUCACCCUUUGGUCAACCUACUUUAUGUGGCUUGCGGCUUGAUAUUGCUUCUUCCGGCCUAUCGGGUG